AUUUUCUCUCUCGACCGGCAACUUAAUUUUCUCGCGAAACAAACAGACCUGUCAUAGUUGCCAGUAUUGCAAAUAUAUAGCAAUACAACCUCAGAACUGAUAGUAGACCUCACUUACAACACUCACAGAUUAUUCCAAGCUGUUUUUCUUACAUACAUGGCAAGGACUAUCCAGAUUUUACCAAACUAUACAACGCCCACAAUUUUAAAAUCAUCAUCAGAACUAUCUUUAUCCAAAAUCCUCAAGAAAAUGCAAAAAAUCUGAAAAAGUUUAGAUUUUGACACCAACCCAUUUGUGCUAUCUCAAUUUUGAUUCUAACCCAUUAUUUCCCAUUCGUAAAUUAUCCUUACAUGUUUGAUUUUCAUUGCUAAUUUUGGAUGUUCAACCUUUUUUGAGGUGUACACUGUUAGGGUUUUUCUGGGUCUAUCAAUACCAGGUUUUUGGUUGGUCUGUCUUGUUUUAUAUACCAAUACAUAUACAGGUACUCGUGAGCUUACUCGAUUACAGAAACAAAUGGGUCGUUCUCGAGGGAAUUUUCACUCUAAUGAUGAAGACCCUUCUCAGAGAUCAAGAAGGAAGAAGAAUGCGGCAAGUGGAGAUAAUUCCGAAUCUUUAUUGGCUGGCCAAGGAAGUGGUGAUGGGAAAAGGGCAUUAUACCAUUGCAAUUAUUGCAAUAAAGAUAUAACAGGGAAGACCCGUAUCAAAUGCGCUAUGUGCCCUGAUUUUGACCUAUGCUUAGAGUGCUUCUCUGUAGGAGCUGAGGUUACACCUCAUAAAAGCAAUCACCCUUACAGGGUUAUGGAUAAUUUAUCUUUCCCGCUUAUUUGCCCUGAUUGGAAUGCAGAUGAAGAAAUACUGCUUCUAGAGGGAAUUGAAAUGUAUGGAUUGGGGAACUGGGCUGAAAUUGCUGAGCACGUGGGGACAAAGAGUAAAGACACAUGUAUUGAACACUAUAAUAGUGUUUACAUGCAAUCCCAGUACUUCCCUCUCCCGGACAUGUCGCUUGUUGUUGGGAAAAAUAGAAAGGAACUUCUUGCUAUGGCCAAGGGAUAUAGUGAGGACAAAAAAGGUGCUGCUAUGCUUGGGGAUCUUACUUUGAAGGAAGAAUCUCCAUUUUCUCCUUCAAGAGUGAAAGUCGAAGAUAUGCAUAAAGGAGGUUCCUCUGGCCGAUUAUCAACAUUAAACUCAGAGGUAGAAUCUGCUGGCCGUCCUACUACCACAAACUCUGCAGCAACAGCUGCUAAUAAGAAGGCAUCUAGCAUUGCUCGGGUUAAAGAUGGACCUAAUGUUGUUAAAGUGGAAGAUCCUCAGGUGGACCGAAAUGCUAAAGGGAAGAAACCGAAUUCCUCUGGGAGUGAGGGUCCAUCUUUAAUGGAGUUGAGCGGUUAUAACCCCAAGAGGCAGGAGUUUGAUCCCGAAUAUGAUAAUGAUGCUGAGCAGUUGCUAGCUGAGAUGGAAUUUAAAGAUACUGACACUGAGGAAGAGCGGGAGCUGAAAUUGCGAGUGCUGCAUAUAUAUUCAAAGCGGCUCGAUGAGAGAAAGCGCAGAAAAGAUUUCAUACUAGAAAGAAAUCUGCUGCAACCAAGUCCUUUUGAAAAGGACUUGACUCCAGAAGAGAGGGCGUUAUGUCGGCGUUAUGACCCUUUCAUGCGUUUUCAUUCCAAGGAAGAGCAUGAGGAAUUGCUUCAGGUUGUUGUCGAAGAGCAUCGGAUGCUGAAAAGGAUCGAAGAGCUGAAGGAAGCUCAAGCAGCUGGUUGCCGCACAGCAGCUGAGGCGGACAGGUACCUUGAGCAGAAGAGGAAAAAAGAAGCCGAGGAAAAUUCCAGUAGACUGAAAGACAAUGCUCUGGUUGGUCCUAGCAAUCAUGGUGCUCCCAAUGCAUUUAUUCCUUCAGAGUCUGUUAGGAAGGAUUCGAGUACUAGACCUGUAGGACAGGGCUCUGCUAGCUAUGCCAAUGGUUUGGACACAACAGGCUUUUAUGAAACGCAGCUACUAUCUGAAACUGAAAAACGGCUAUGCCGUGAGAUUCACCUACCUCCUCCUGUCUACCUCAAGAUGCAAGAGAUCAUGACCAAAGAGAUCUUCAGCGGUAACAUCACUAAGAAAUUGGAUGCUCACCCCUUGUUCAAGAUUGAAGCAAGCAAAGUUGAUAGGGUGUAUGAUAUACUUGUGAAGAAGGGGAUUGCUCAACCUUGAUGCUCAUUAAUGCUUGUCCUCAAUUUUCUUUAAUUAUGUUGUGUUCAUUUUCUUUUAAAGAAAUAAAAAUAUGCUUUACCUUAGCCUUUCUAAA